UUUUGUCACCAACUGUAAAGAAACGCAGUAGCUCGAGACCCAUUUGAACGGAAGCAAGAAAAUGCAUCUGAUUUAGAAGAACGCUCUAUCCUCAUGCUAAGGGGACCUUUGGUAUCGGUCAAGACGCACAGAUGCAACUGUAGAUCCCUAUGGAGUGCAGGAGAUCUGCAAGUGCUUCAGUUUCAGUCCUACCGGUGCUGAAACGCUAGUACUUUACCUUGGGUCGGAUUGACUGCCAGUCACCCACAGAUUUGUCAUAACAAGACUCAGAAAGCUGAGAAAAUGCCACAAUAGAAUCACAUAGAGAAUCCGUAUGUUUUGGAAUGGCUUCCUCGGAAGCGGAGAUGCACUGGCUGCUCCGUUUGAAGCCUGAACGUUGAAGGGACAAAUUGACGCCAAAUACCUAUCUUCUUGGUCUGCAUCGUUACAGUCCUGUCUUGGUAGAGGGGUGAAUUUGCCUUUUUCACUGGUGUCAGUUCAAUGUCAUUUCGUUGUCCGCUCAGACACGAACGACUACCAGGUACAUCCAUUCUCACGGAAGUGCAGCGCUCUUAGUACACAAAUCUGACUGUAAAGUGUGUUCUGUGUACAAGCAUUCGCUUUACUAGAGAUGCCAGCUGGUUCCAAGCGUGGCGUUCGUAGUAUUGAUUACAGGAAGCAAACGUUCGGGGCCUUGCUUUGGACGAUUUUUUGCUUGACACUUGAAAGCCGUCGAAGUUGGCUCCCAGUUCCUCAAGAAAAAUUGCACCUUUCCUUGUUAUUACAGAUGACUCCAUCUGGAACAAGCUCCGCUUGUGGCAAGGUCGAGCCGGUUACCGGGGUUCGCCUGGACAGACACCUGAGCUGCCAUCAGAUUUUGCCAAAGGAUUUCCGAAUGACGCAGCUGACUCACUACAGAAUACGCACCAAAGAACUUUGCGGGAGAUUCGCGAAGAAAAAACCAACAGGUCUGACGUGAAAACCUUCGUGUGACGUACGAAAGGAAAAAAUGGGACGGACCAAAGCAACAAGGGAACGAGCAAAAUGUGCAAGUGACUCCGACAGCUCUGAGUGUUCUGCUCCCGCAGCGGAAUUCGUCAAAGGGAAAGCGGUCACAACGCGGAAAAAAGGACGACUCUCUGAGGGAGCAGUAUACACAGUGGAGGAGGUGUUCCUUCCGUCAGUGUCACGCGAGUCGCUGUUAACGUUGAAUCCGUACAGCGAAAUUGAUAUUCUCUACCGACAAAUGGCGAGCAACUUGGAAAAGGCGAUAGACAGAGCACACAGGGCAGGAAUACCGAAGAAAGCAGCUGUAGACUUCGCUGAGGUGGAACAUGUGGCGACGGCAGCCAGGGAGCGGCUGAGGUCGAAACGGGACAACGUCGCAAUGCAGUUCACUGAGGCUGGCCAGCAAAUGCGUGUCCUCAAGUCCAAGCUCAACAAACUGGCUCAACGUAUCGCUGAAGCAGAGGAGGAGAACCCGAAAGCCAUUGCUCGUGUCUCAGCCGAUAUUGAAACAGAAGUCGAAGCAACCUUCCAACAAAUGAGACACAAAAAGGAAAAGAAGUGUCCUCCAGGCGCAAGAGCUGCUAAUACGGUUCGUAUGGAGAAGCGGCCCAACGAAGUGCCGAAAGGCAAGCGCUACCGUUCCGUGCCAGUUGACCACAUCGGGGACAUCCGUGGGUCCGUGGCUUUCAAGUGACCGUUUUGCUGCCACCGGUGAAUUACCGUAAUCUAAGGCUUUGCUGCGCUUGUCCCUAUUUGGACAUGAUUUAGCUGCGAACCGACGUUUUCGUGUUGUCUUGCAGAUCAUCCCAAUCGGUUUUGGCAGUGAAGAUGAGAUCUCUGGUCAUUCGCCGUUUGCGGCGACUGGACAAAUCGAGGCUGUUGGUUGUUGGCAGCUAUUCCUUUGGCUAAGAAAAGUCAUGGCAGACUCUGGAGGCAUACCAACAUGAGUUCCACUCGAUGUGUGCUACACUAGCCUCCUCCGUACUCUCGUGCACUUCAUUUCACAGGGCUCCAACAUACGCUAAAUUCAAAGCUAAACAUCCCCUUUCUCAGAAACACAAUUCCCUUCUCGCUGUUAGUGUAGUCCUGAGUACCAGAAACCGUGUAAUCUUGCGGCUGAUGUGCGGAGGCAUUCGCGUAUACGAUGACGCUUGGUAUUUCAUGAGCUUGCGUGACCGAACAUGUGAAGGUCCAACGCAUAACUGGACCAAACUCAGGGGCUCUCUCAAAUAAACGUAGGGAAACGAAAUUUGAACUUUCUAUAAAA